GAGAGAAGGGUUUCCGGGUUAGUGUACUGAUUUGUCAAAUAGUCCGUGCAUGGCAUGGUUGACAGGGUUGCUAACGAUUCAGCCAGGGCUCUAGGGUGGACAUUUUUAUCAGCGUGUAGCAGAAGAUAAUUCGUUAAGUUGAGGAGCACCUCUGUCUUUUCUGAUCGCUUGAACAGCUGUUGUGGUUCCCUGGCGGCAGAUUUUCACACUUGUCAUUGCUCGGUUAAGCUAGCUAAACUAGUUAACGUUGCUCAUCGAAAAUGGCGGAUGUAUCAACAGAGAAGAGUCUGGACGAUUUCUUUGCCAAGCGGGAUAAAAAGAAGAAGAAGGAGAAAGGAAAGGGCAAAGAGUCUGCUGCCGGGCCCACGGCAGCUGUGAUGAAAAAGACCAAGAGAGAGAAAGAAAAAUCUGCGAAAAACGAGAAUCCCGACGCACAGAUCGAAAAGGAGGAUGAGGAAUGGAAAGAGUUUGAGCAGAAAGAAGUGGACUACAGCGGGCUUCGGCUCCAAGCUUUGCAGAUAAGUGACGAGAAAGAGGAGGAGGAGUACGAGAAAGAGGAGGUUGGUGAGGAUGGCGAGAUCAUUCCGGUCAGCGGAGACAAAGUGUCUGGUCCCUGGAACAAGUCUGGUGCUCCUCCAGCUCCUGCUGCUGCACCUGUGGAGGAAGCAGAGGUGCCUGAGUCGAAGCCUGCUGGAGUAUAUCGCCCUCCAGGGGCUCGGCUGACCACAAGCAAACGAGGGCCCAGCCAGGGGCCUCCUGAAAUUUUCAGUGACGCACAGUUCCCCUCUCUGCUGGCCACCGCCAAGCACGUGGAGACACGCAAGGAUAGAGAAAUGGAGAAGACCUUUGAGGUUGUGAAACACAGAAACCGUGGUAGAGAGGAGAAUAGUGGUGCUUCUAUGCAGCAGUUGCAGCUUGACAACCAGUAUGCCAUCCUGGGGGAUAAGUAGAGCCACUGCCCUCCGUCCUCUGGCCCCUUCAGCACGGUCCGGCCCAGACCAGCCCCUCGAAGGAAGCUGAACUCCAGCUGUGUUGAUUGCAGGCCUGACAGAGCUCAUGCUGCCACCACACACUGGUUACUUGCCUACACAUACACACGGCCUCAUACACGUACGCACUCACACACAGUAACACCACUGCAGCACAUACAGUGACGCUCCUUUUUGAAUAAAAUCAGUAACACACUUUACAUAACAUUUGGUUGGCAAAACUGAAGGACUGCAUCUGAAGGGGCUGUUGAAAAGAGGGGAUAAUUGAAAAGGAAUCAGAAAAAUACACUCAAACAUACAACACUGCAGCAGCAACGAAAGACGACGUAGUUGUCCCUUGUGGAUUGUACUCGGAGCAGCAGUUGUGUGACGCAACUUUUCUCUGGACUUCAACUUUGCUUCGAUAAAGCCACAGAGGAACGAAGAUAACUUUAGGCAAGAUGAUUUUACAAACUUCUGUGAAAAUAUCUAUUUUUUGCAAGAUCGAUAUAACCCAAUCGCUCAUGGUAUUUCGGGGUGGUUUUUUUUUUUUUUUUUUUGGAUUUGCGGUUGGGGUUUCAGGAGUGGGGUUACUACCUCAGCGGUAUAGCUGGUGGUGAAGAUGUGGACUGAGCUUUUAUUUUUCUUUUCUCCGCUGUGGUGGUGAACAAGGCAAACACCAACAGUCCCCACGUACGGGCUGGCCAUCAGGCUCUCCUCUUUAAUUUAGAAACUUGAAGCUUUGUUUUGUUUUCCUUUCAUGUUGAUGACUCUCUGCAAAGAUCUAUGGACAAGAAGCAAUAGGUUGUGAUCCUCCUUUAGAAUUUCUAAAUAAAGUGGCCUUACUGAUAGAACUGCUGUCAUCUGAAGGGAACUUUGCUUGUUGUUUCACAGGCUGCUGCCUGCCUCUGGAUCUCACCACUCUGAUGAAAAAAAAAGUAUACAAACAAAAGUUGUUGUUUUUUUUUGUUUUGUUUUUUUUUCAAAGAAUGUAGUGCUGAUGUAGUUUGCCUGAUGAUUACAACUACUAACCGUCUUUCAUAUCCACUGUUUGAUUUUGCUGCCCUUGCUUUAGUUUACUCUCUGCAAAAGAUAAAAUGAAAGCUUGUUUCUAAUCUGAAACCAUUCUUUUGUUAACAACUAGUUUACUGUGGUUUGAUACCAGAUGAUCACAGAUGUUACAAUAUCAGGAAAAACCCCAGUUUUAAGACUUUUUUUUUUUUUUUCUUUUUAAUCAAGGCCUUUUCUUCAUAAGUAAACUUGUGUCAGCCCUCACUGGGGCUGUGUAGAACGGGUCACUUGUAUUGGUUUUCAUUUCAAGAUUUUCAACAUUCAAUUUCCAGAGAGUUACAGCAACUACUUAUCUGUAAAAACAAACUCACCACACCCAGUGGUUCGCCCAAUUUAAAUCAAAUGGGUUUUUGCUACAAGCAUAGUUAUAUUAAGAAAAGUGAAGAAGAACUGGAUUUAUGUUCUAUGUUUUUGUCUUUUCCGUAAGACAAGAUGUUGAGGAGCGUUUAUCCCUGCUGGGACACUGUGGGUGGACGUAGAUAAUAUUUGUGACAAAAAGAGAAGAGCCUAACACAAAAAAUAAAGUGAUCCUUGUGAAUGAA